AACGCUGUUUUAUUCUGAAGGGCAGAGGAGUGAAGCGGAAGUUGUGUUUGUGUUUCCGGGGCCCGGAAGACGCUACGACCUCUGUCCAAUUGUUUGCAUUUUACCCGUGGAUGGCGGAGUAAAAGGCGCCAGUGUUCGGUGUCCUUCCAGAGAGAAACAUCACAAACUGCUGCAUGAGGUUUUAAAACCAGAAGCGAAGCUACAAAGACCAGGUCGGGGAGAAGUCGAGGAGAGACACUUCAACAUGAACUCUGAGAGGAAACGGUCAGCUGGCCAGCGGAGAGCUUUACCUUCAGAUGUCCAGAAAGUGAUUGUUGGUGAAGAACAUCAGCAGGAGUGGAGCUCCAGUCUGGACCAGGAGGACACAAAGCCCCCCAACAUUAAAGAGGAACAGGAGGAACUCCGGAUCAGUCAAGAUGAAGAGCAGCUUCAAGGGCUGGAGGAGGCUGAUAUCACCAAGUUCCCAUUCACUCCUGUCCCUGUGAAGAGUGAAGAUGAUGAAGAAAAACCUGAGUUCUCACAGCUUCAUCAAAGACAAACUGAAGAGAUAAAAACAGAAGCUGGUGGAGAGGACUGUGGAGGACCAGAACCAGCCAUGAAAGCAGAUCCAGAUACACAUUUACAACCAGAUACGGAUGACCAGACUGGAGACUCUUCUGAACCUGAGACUGAUGACAGUGCUGAUUGGAAAGAGACCAAAGAACCUCAGUCAGGUUUAAACUCUCUGAAUGAUGAUAGAUUCCCUGUUAGUGAUUCAAGAUGUACUACUGGUGAGAAAACAUUUAGCUGCUCUGAUUGUGGGAAAAGAUUUGGCACCAGUAUAAAUCUAAAGAGACACAUGGUAACUCAUAAAGGCGAGAAACCAUUUAGCUGCUCUGAGUGUGGAAAAAGAUUCAGCACCAAUGUAUAUUUGCUGAAGCACAUGAAAUUUCAUACAAAGAAACCAUUUAGCUGCUCAGUCUGUAAGAAAGCUUUUACAGAGAAUGGAAAUUUACAGACACACAUGAUAAUCCACACAGGAGAGAAACCAUUUAUCUGCUCGGUCUGUAAGAAAGCUUUUAAAGGGAAUGGAGAAUUACAGGCACACGUGAGAAUCCACACAGGAGAGAAACCAUUUAUCUGCGCUGUCUGUAAGAAAGCUUUUAGAGUGAAUGCAAGUUUAAAGAAACACAUGAGAAUUCACACCGGAGAGAAACCAUUUAGCUGCUCAGUCUGUAAGAAAGCUUUUACAGAUUAUGGAAAUUUACAGACACACAUGAGAAUCCACACAGGAGAGAAACCAUUUAGUUGCUCAGUCUGUAGGAAAGUUUUUAAAGGGAGUGGAGAAUUACGGGCACACAUGAGAAUCCAUACAGGAGAGAAACCGUGUAUCUGCUCGGUCUGUAAGAAAGCUUUUAGAAUGAAUGCAAGUUUAAAGCAACACAUGAGAAUCCACACAGGAGAGAAACCAUUUAGCUGCUCAUUCUGUAAGAAAGCUUUUACAACGAGUAGAAGUUUAAAGAAACACAUGAUAAUCCACAAAGGAGAGGAAUUGUUUAGCUGCUCAAUCUGUAAGAAAUAUUUUGUACGGAGUGGACACUUAGAGAUGCACAUGAGAACCCAACACGUGAGUGUUACAAGCUCCCCCCUUGUUUUGCUCGUCCCCGUCCCUGUCUGUCUGUCUGCUCAGGUGAUCCUGAUUUGAUCGUUAGUGGUUGCCCCCCCCCCCCCCCCCGUACUUAAGGAAGGCUGGAGGACUCUUUCAGACUGAAGCAGCUGUUCACCAGUGUGUUUAUUUUUUGGGGGAUGGCACAAAACCAAGAUGAUAUUUUGAAGUAAAUUCAUGAUAUUUUGAUAUUGUACUAUAAAUACAGAUGUAUAAAUACUAUUAAUUGAACGAGUCUAUGAAAUUAAAUUUCUGGGUGUUGUACUUGA